CUGAGAUCGUAUAGAUUGGUUUCUGAGGGCAACAUUUUGCAAUAUCAGUGUUAUUUAUUUGACCCUAUUGAUAUGGACCUAGGAGUUAAGUAAAUUUAACCUAAAUUUGAUAAUUAUUGUGAUGCCUAGAGAAUUCAGUUCAUGCAAAUCUUUGGUACAGCAAGAAAGUGUAUCAGUGUGCAAUAUUAGUUCGAAAAAAGUUUGAUUUUUCAAAUACAAUUUUGAAUUUGAGACAUCACCAAAAUGAAUAAAGUUGUAAUCUUCCUGCUAGUAACAUUAGCAGUUCUGGCGCUAACAGAAGCCAGAUCUUGUGGUUCCCGUUCACGGUGUGACCAAUGUUGUAAAAGCAGAUGUGGCAGAAGAGGCUCCAGUUCAGAUUCAUCAUCAUCCUCUGAUUCUUCAUCAUCUUCGUCUUCUUCAUCAUCAUCAUCAUCAUCCUCCGAAGAGGAUGACAGAGGAUGCGCAUGCUGUGGAUGUUGUGAUGGCGGAAGAAAGAAACACAAGGACUCAUCAUCUUCCUCGUCUUCUUCAUCAUCGUCUUCAUCGUCGUCAUCGUCAUCAUCAUCGUCUUCUGAGGAAGAUGAACCACAAUGGUCUUACAACUGCAUUUAUGAGGUUCAACCUACUGAUACCAUUUUACGUCGAGUGACUUCUUGCCGUCGUCAACAACCCCCUAGAGUUUUAAGUUUACCAUAUAGUGCUAAUGGAAUCCCGAAGAAUUUACUUGAUAACUAUCGUCAAAAGGUGCAGGAUACAAUUAACAAUAUUAAUCAGGACGUGAAUUCUUUUUUUCAUCCUAACGAAAACAAAAAGGUUCAGCAGAACAACGAUGCAGCCUCAAGCAUUUUCUUUGUUGAGGAUGAGUCUGAGGAAGAUUUUGCAGCAGCAGCAGCAGCUCGGAGGCCAGCUACUGUAGAAGUGACUACAGCAGCUACUACAUCUACAACUACUAGUACAGUUAAGCCUGUAGAAACUACUACUAAUAAUGGAACUGAUAGGGGACGAGAAAAUUUCGCGGGUGGAUGUACACCUGGCUAUCAGCGCACAGCCGACGGAAGAUGUAAACCCACCUUUGGAUAA